CAGAUGUGGAACACAUCUGGCAGAGCGGAAAUCUACGCCUUCGAGAUAAACUUCAUACACUGCGUCUUGGAGUGUCUCGGUUACCAGUUACUCGGAAUGGCUAUCUCCUUGAUGAGAGCUAUAACAUGACUUCUCGUCAAAAACUGUUUUUAUAAACACAUGUAACGUGUCGAAGUCACGCAUAUGAUGACAUUACCCAAAAUGAGGACAACGCUUGUACCAGCUGCCAGAAAAAAACUUCUUUGAGAUAAAAUUGGAGGGAUUUUUGUCAGGUUGGAAACAUAAUCAUGCAACAUGAAUGUAACUAAUAGCACCGGAAUUGACGGUCUUGUGCCGUGGAACCAAAACGGCUCUUUUAGGAAUGUCUCCAAUGAUGCCUUCCCUGCCAACCUCACCUGUGACGGUAAUGGCCGCAACGAAUCCUGUGCCGUUGUGGAUGCCUCUGGAAGCCCAUACAAAACUGUUGAGAUGAUCUUCAUUGCCUUGGUCACAGGUUCCCUCAGUUUUGUUACAGUGGUGGGCAACAUCCUUGUAAUGCUAUCCAUCAAGGUCAACAGACAUCUUCAGACAGUCAACAAUUACUUCUUAUUUAGCCUGGCAUGUGCAGAUCUCAUCAUUGGUGCUUUUUCCAUGAACCUUUACACAGUUUAUAUUAUCAAGGGUUACUGGCCCCUGGGUCCUGUGAUCUGUGACCUAUGGCUGGCCUUGGACUAUGUAGUUAGCAACGCCUCUGUGAUGAACCUGCUGAUCAUAAGCUUUGACCGUUAUUUCUGUGUGACAAAACCACUGACCUAUCCAACAAGGAGGACCACCAAGAUGGCAGGUCUGAUGAUUGCAGCUGCUUGGAUACUAUCCUUCAUCCUGUGGGCUCCGGCAAUCUUGUUCUGGCAGUUCAUUGUGGGCGAACGCACGGUUCAGCCAGGAGAGUGUUACAUACAGUUCCUCUCCAACCCUGCGGUCACAUUUGGUACGGCCAUUGCUGCUUUCUACUUGCCAGUGAUCAUCAUGACUGUGCUCUAUAUCCACAUUUCUCUAGCGAGCCGGAGCAGAGUGUCCAAACAGAAACCAGAGUCCAAGACAGAAAAGAAGGGUCUCAAGACUGGUGGACUACUUAAGAGUCACAUUCUUAAACAGAAUAACAACAAUCAGUUGCCUAAACCCAGCAAAGAUACCGGCAGCACUAGUGAUACCUUGAAGAAUGGCAAGCUUGAAGAGUCUGUUGUUUCAACCAAGGCUGAAUCCAGCGUUCCACCAGAGGAAAAGGAAAGCUCCAAUGACUCCAGCACUGCCAGCAUUGCCCCGAAGGACACCCAUGAGAGGGCAAACAGUGAGAUCACCUCUGAGCCUGCUGCUGCAGCCCCUACCCCUAUUCCCAAACUGAACUCAGCAUCCAAGUGGUCCAAAAUUAAGAUAGUCACGAAGCAGGCAGGGGAUGAGUGCAUCACUGCCAUUGAGAUUGUCCCACCUAACAGUAGUUGUGAGGCUCGGUCCAUUCCUGUGAACCGGCCCAGAAUGGUGGCAAGGAAAUUUGCCAGCAUCGCCCGAAGUCAGGUAAAGAGGAAGAGACAGAUGGCAGCACGGGAGAAGAAAGUAACUAAGACCAUCUUUGCCAUUCUGUUGGCAUUUAUCAUCACCUGGACACCAUACAAUGUCAUGGUCCUCAUCAGCACAUUUUGCCAGUCAUGUGUGCCUGACACAGUAUGGGCCAUUGGAUAUUGGCUUUGCUAUGUGAAUAGCACCAUCAAUCCCGCAUGCUACGCUUUGUGCAAUGCCACAUUCAAAAAGACUUUCAAGAAUCUUCUUAUGUGUCAGUAUAAGAAUAUUGGCACUAGAUAAGCUGGAGGGAAGGAUGAAAUAAAUAUUGGGGUCGCUGACUUGUUCCAUACACCGUACCUUGCUGGCAUAUAUGAGCGCCAUGGACAACAUUGUUUUCAGAAUGUCAAGAGCAGAAAAUACUACCCACGGACAUACAGAGACAUUUGGAUAGGAACAAUUUAUGAAGCUGAAAUGGCAUGGUGUGUAACAGUGUGAUCACAAACAAAAGGUCCACAUUAUUCUGUUAUGUAAUUUAGGUAGUGAAAAAAACCUCUCUCAAAUUGCUGUCAGGUUGCUCAGCCACUCUAAAUGAAGGCCAUCACCAAUCUACAACUAGCCAGACAUUUAAAUCUAAAUGAAAUAAUUUUAUGCUUAGUUGUGACCUGUGGUGAAAUGGAAGCUUUCAG